CUCGAGACCUUUUGCCCACAAGGUGGAGAGGUGGUCGUGUUUUUGGGCACCUCGAGCCGCACGCGGCGCACGCAUAUUGUCACUCGCGCGAACGCACUCGAGUGGGCCCCGUCCGAUCUCUACCGCGAAAUCGUUUUUUCCCGGGUGACAUCCAACAUCUCCGCGAGAGAGAAAACGCUCUUUCGAAGCGACCAAACUUCGUUUACCUGAAGAGAACCUAAUCGUCAAGGCUGAGCACGUGCAUACUCUGUGGGUUGUGAGAAGAUGAUUACCAGGCAUCGACGAAAUGAUAUCCUGUUCGUGAUAUUAUAUCUCUUCGUGCAAGUCCCCGAUGAGAUUCACGGUCACGGAAGAUUAAUGGAUCCGCCCUCGCGGAACGCAAUGUGGAGAUUCGGCUAUCCAAAUCCGGUUAAUUAUAACGAUAACGAGCUUUUUUGCGGAGGAUACGCAGUCCACUGGCAGCAAAAUAAAGGCAAAUGCGGAGUUUGCGGUGACGCAUAUCAUUUAAGUCAACCGCGUCCGCACGAGGCAGGUGGCGAGUUCGCCAAUGGCAUUAUCACUAGACAUUAUACUGUAGGCGAGGAAAUAGAAGUGGAAAUCGAGCUAACGGCCAAUCAUUUUGGAAGAUUCGAAAUGUAUAUUUGCCCUAACGAUGAUCCAUCGCGCGAGGCGACCCAAGAGUGUUUCGAUUCUUAUCCCUUGUACGUGUCUGGGACUCAGGACGUUCAAUUCGAGAUUCCACGCGAUACGGGGAAAAAGGGCAUAAUUAAAUAUACGGUGACGUUACCGCCGUAUGUGACGUGUUCGCAAUGCGUUAUGCAAUGGAAUUACUAUACUGGCAAUAUGUGGGGAACGUGCGAUAAUGGCACGGAAGCUGUCGGAUGCGGGAGACCGGAAACGUUUCGCAACUGCGCCGACGUGAGGAUCGUCACCAGCACCGGUGGUAUACCGCCGCGAUUUUUCUAUCAAAAUAGUAUUUUCCAACCGUAUUCCCUAGCUUCGAAAUUCACGAGCAACCCGCUAGCUCGGCCACUCAGGGUUCAAGUGUGCGAGCCAACCGCGGCUUAUCGUUACAGGCAAGAUAUGAGCAAUUGGUGUCAAGUGAAUUGCAUACGUAUCCCAUCAAAUUGCCCUCCGGGUGUCUGUCGCUGUCUAGACACGUGCGACGCUAUUGGAGAUAUCGCGGACAAACCCGGAGCUGAUCAGUAUUGCCUGAGACGUUGCAUGCGCUAUCCGUCGAAUUGUCCGACUGAUCGCUGCAACUGUUAUUGAAGCUGUGAGAGCGUGGUAUUGACAUCCCACAUGUAUCGCCAAUAAUAGGUGUGCGAUGUGAAUACGCAUAGUGAUAAAUAAAAGCCCAAUCAUAAUAUUCUAUAUUUCACAGCUUAGGCACAGUUUUGCGGAAAAAAAUUUCCUACGAUAAAAUUUUUCUUACCUUUUCGUAGACAUUUUUUUUCUGAAAAAAAUUGUUCUUACAAGAGUAUAAUUUAAAAUACAAAAAGAAUGAUAUCCUUACUCUGAGAGAGGUAAUAGGUGAGUGAUAAGAAGCUUUGUAAUGGCACUAUGAUAUUUAAUAUUAGGACAUUCUCUAUUGACAGCUUAAAAUCUUUUUUUUUUUUCACGCGUAUAUCACAUUAUAUACGUAACCAUCAACGCAUCUCCGCGAUCUUACGCAUACGAUAUAUUAUUAAUUAAUACGCAACUAUGUUUUAACGAAACGACGGUUUCACCAAUUUUCUUUCAUGCGCUUCCAAUUACCAUACAAUGUGAACUCAUAAUUAAUCAUGCCAAUUAGAAAACGUAUGCGCUCGUACGUUUUCGUAGCAAUGUACUGUAUAUGUAUAUUUAUAUAUAUUAUAGAGAUCUCACUAUAGUUAACACUUUACAAAACUAUAUACACUAAAGCCUUCUGUCUUUAUCGUUUACAACUAUAGCUAGCUAUAGUAACAUUUUUUCUUUCCUCUUCAUAUCUUUCUUCAUGUACAACAUAUUCUUUACAUAUAUCAUAUAAAAGUGAAGGAAAGCAAUUAAGAACCAGUGCGGUAACUUAUACGCAAAAUUAUAAUCAAAUAUUAUUAUAUUAACAUAACAAAGUAGCCAUAAACUUAAUAAUAAAAAGCGAUCUUUUUCUUAAUCAUCCUCAGCGCGAUUACAAAGUAAAUAAAAAACAAAAACCGAGCUGUUUAAACGUGAUAUCAGAAAUAAGUUGCAAACAUAAAAUUAUAAAAAAUCACAAUAAACAAGAGUGAGUCACACAUAUUGUCAAAAGGUAAAAGCCACAACAAUUUUUUUAAUUAUAUACAAGGAUAGUCAAAAAAAGGACACUUUAUAUUAUUAAAUCAUUAUUAAAUAAAUUAUUAAAAUUAUUAAUUAAAUUAUUUAAAUAAUUAUUAUUAAAUAAUUAUUAUUAAUUUUAUUAUUAAAUUAUAUUAAUAUAAUUUGAUUAUAAUAAAAUUUGCGCAUAAAUUACCGUGCUGGCUCUUAAUUGCCUUCUCUCAUCUUCGUAUGACACAUUCAUAAGAGUCUUUAUUGUUUCAUUUAAUUUUAAUUUUAUAUAUAUAUAUGUAUAUGUAUAUAUAUAUAUAUAUAUAUAUAUAUAUAUAUAUAUAUAUAUAUUUAUAUCGUUUCUUUCGGACGCGCGAUAUAAUAAUCGUCGCCAAAAUGCGUAAUAUUAGCGCGUCAAGUCAAAAUUCGUGCUACGCCAAAUUCUAGCGCGAGGUGUACAAUAAUAUAAAGGUAUCUUUUAUUUGUUACUUACUGCUAAUCGCUAAGCAACUAAUUAACGUCCGCGGCCGGUUGCGGUUUAAUUAUUCAAAUACUCUCCCUCCUUUUUCCAUAUUUUUUUCACAGGAUUCUCUCGUUUUAUUAUUAAUCCUCUCAUUCUCACUGAACGUAUAAUGUUCGUAUUAUUUUAUUGCAAUUAACGCGGUUACUUCUCAUUGAAUUAUUUAAUAACGAGGUAAAAAAUAAAAUACGUUAAAUUGUUGUUCUUGUUUCAAUAAUUAAUAUUAAUAUAUAUAAUAUAUAUAUUCAAUAAAUAAUAUUAAAAUAGAGUUAAUAAUAUAUUGUUAAUAUGCAUAUAGUAUUGCAAUAUUAAAUUUAACAAAAAUAUUAAAUGGUUAAAAAAAUAUUAAAAUAUUUUUAAAUAAAAAAAUAUUUAAAUAUUCCUAAAUAAGAAAAUAUAUAUUUAAAUAUUUGUAAAUAAAAAAUAAAAAAUAGAUACUAAAAAUACUUAAAUGAUUUUAAUAAAAUUUCGAUUAUAAUUACUUCGAAAGAGUGAGAGGAUUAAUUACGACACAAAUUAUCAAUCGCCUCGAUUUUUUCCGAUCAUGGACGAUCAGAUGAGAACGCUUUUGAUAUGCGUCUUAUCAUUUUCAAGAUGACGCGAUUACGACAGUGAGGGUAAGAAUCGCAUACAUUAACUUUUCGCGUUAGAAAUUAAUCAAGGAUAGGGAACAUCUCGAGUUCUAUUCAGGAAAGUUAUCAAAAAAAUGUUUAUGCUUCUGUGUAAUGCUAUCUCAUAGAAUUGUGACAACAAAACAAAAGAUAAAUCUCUGCGUGCGUGUUCUCUAUAUAUUCUUUCGCACAGUAACGUCAAAUCAUCGCAAAAUAUAUAUGAAAAAUAAAGCGAUAAUUAGUCUCGCUCAAACAUAAUGAAUUUACUCACCGACCGAUGCGACGCCGUUGCUUCCUCAUCGCCGUCGAAAAGCUCCAUUUUUCCGCGAGUGUCGCAAAAUCGCGACUAAUUAAAGCGGCUUCACAAUCAGUCUGUCAUUUUAUUACACGCACUCCCGACUUACUCCACGCGCGAUAUGCUCGAUAAUACACUUGAAACGAGUAAAUAAUGCCAUAAUAGGAAAUUGCUCGUCGCGUCACUUUGCACGACAUUCCCGAUAUUACAGGAAUAAGCGCGAGAUGCACGUUGAAGUAUGAAAAAUUCGAGACAUGCAACUUCACGCUGAUACGUGGACGCAAAAUUCCAUAAGCGAGAGAGAGAGAGAGAGAGAGAGAGAGAAAGA